CCUGCACUGACAAAACACCUCACACUAACUACUACACCUUAUCGCUCACUAUUCCCAUCGAUUCUACAGCCAUACUCCUCAAUCACUGUUCACCAUUGAAUCGAGGCAGUUCAUGGACAACACCCAACAACCGCACCAGCCGUCAACAGGCCCCAUCCAUCCAGCCCAAAUCACCGAACGUCUAAACCUCGUCCGCAACCAACUCAACCACACUCAGCAAUCGCCCUCCUCCUCUUCAACAACACCCCCAGCCCCCAAGGCCAAUCCCCCUACAGCAACAAUGUCCCACGACCCAAUCACCUGCCACGUCCUCAACACCCUCACCGGCACGCCCGCUGCCAACCUCCCCGUGACCCUGACGCUCCUCUCCAGUCCCACGGGCGCAGCAGAAGAACCCCCCACGUUCCGCGCGACCACCAACGCCGACGGCCGCGUCGCGAUCUGGGAGCCCCUGGCCACCACCGGCUCGUCGCAAGCACAAUCCGUCCCGGCAAUCCUGGCCGCGCUGCCCGCGCCCGACAGCAAGACCAACUGGGCGGUGCGGUUCGAGGUGGGCCCCUGGUACGAGGCCCAGGGGGUGGAGAGUUUCUGGCCCGAGGUCGAGGUGAAAUUCACAGUCAAGGGACGGGGCAAGGACGGCGAGGACGGGUGGCGCCAUUACCAUGUGCCUGUGUUGUUGGGGCCGUGGAAUUACUCGACUUAUCGGGGGUCUUGAGGGGUGUAUGUAGCUGGAUUUGAAGAGAUAAUGUGGAGGCUAGCCUUGGACUCAAAUGAUGGUCUUGCCAUUAUGUCCGUCAGAUAUGGGAUUGAUUUUGCGUGCUGUGAGAUAAUAUGAGUAUUUUGCCGUUAGAAGUCGUAUUGCAAAUGUGGCUGGCGGCACAAAGUAUCAUGUCCGUGAUGAUAUAUAUUCUUCGAAUAAAUUUACAACGGCUCCUUCAUCAAAAGUGGAUCUGAUUGGCA